GUCGCGUUUGUGCACAAAAACAAACAUGGCCGUCGUAAGCUGACGAACUGUCAAAACUCGUGAUUCUUGAGUGUAUAGUGCCUGUCAUUUGGGACUAUUAAACGUAUUAGGAAAUCAAAAGUAAUUUUUUUUACAUUAGCAAGAAAUAAAAGGAAUUCAUUGCGCAACUUGAAAUGAUAAUUCUGCAUUCUUUCGGGAGAUAAAGAAAUGGUUUCGUGACUAUGAUAAGGUUAUGGUGCGCCCAAAGUUUUUAAUCUGACAAUUAAAUUCACGAAUUAAGAAGUUCAUCGCUUGAACGAAAAAAACAGGUGUUAAAAAGUAUCAACGACAUUUAUAUUAUUAUGGCUAGAGCUUCGAUUUCUUCACAAUGUUGCGACACGGUUGCUUCCUACAUGGAUGGAGUUCAUGUCAAAAUUGCUGAGGCCUACAAACCGCCACGAAAAGUCACUCUUCCUGCUGCUUAUAAUAACAAAUUGCCUGAUAUAUCAAAGCACACUUAUGACUUUAGCCUAGAAAAGUCUGUGAUUGAUAAGUUGAAAGAAUGGCGAGCCGUCAGACAGACCAACAACGAAGCCCGACGCCUACGCCUCGAAGAGCGAAAGAAAAGAAAAGUCACAGAUUUGGAAAAUGAGAAAAAAACUUGUAAUCUAGAGAAUCAGAGUAACAAUGAAGAUCAGAGAAAUCACGAGGAAACUCAGAAAGAAGAAUGCGCCGAGAAGAUAGAGGAAAAUUGCUCCAAUGACAAAAAUGAAGAACAAAGCGUCCCUGUGAAGAUCGCUCCACCUCCAAAAGCAACGAUACUUACGCCACAACGCUUGUCCCCUUCGGCAACUGAUCUCAGGGAUAUCAUAAGCCCUUGCAACGGAGGCUUGGAUUACGCAGAUUUUGACAAUGACACAAGUAGCCCAUUCGACAAUAUGGAACUUAAGACUAUCAACGACAUGGAAGAACUUGCCCAGGUCCUCCAAUCGUCAUCCUGGUGGAUAGCAUCGGAGAAAGUGGAAAAUAUAAUAAAGGAGUUGUCGAUCGAUGGUCGUCCGUCCGAUGAAGAAAGAAACGACAAGACAACGGAUAAUAGCGUUGAAAAUAGUAAUGAUAGCAACAAUCAUAAUAGACGAAAUGUGUCUAUAAUUGUGGAAGAGCUACAACGAGAAUUGGCGCGACCACAGUUGGAGAAUUGGAAACCAUGGCCAGAUCUGGAGAGUCCUGAUUGUGAUGACAGCGAAACCGAAUUACGGCUUCCGAGGUUGAAUUCGCCAAAGGAAUCAAAUCUACCGAAUCCAUUGAUGAAUUUAACAAAGGAAGACAAAAAAUUGGCACGUCAUUUGAGCGAUAUGGGAUUCCCGUUGUCGAGAGCAGCGCGAGCUGUUCGCGAUCUUGGCGGCAAAGACAAUAAAAAAGUCGUCGAGUAUCUUCUGGCUGUACAAUAUUUGGAAGAGCUUGGAAUAGCCGGUGACGACGCUGAAAAAGCCCUCGUUAUCAACGAAUAUGAUCAGGAAAAGGCCAAAGUAUAUUACGAAAAUUUGUGCACUCUUAAGACUCUUGGAUUUCCGGAAGAUGAAGCAUCCAAGGCUCUUAUCAAGUUUGACGUCGAUCGAGACAAAGCUCUUGAUUUUCUUAUAGCGUAGCACACUGAAAUUCCAAAGAAAAAUCGAGAAACAUUGAAAAAUGAUGAAAAAUAAGAGUCGUUUUUUAAAGUUUAUAUCGUCAGAGUGCAAUAAAAACAAAAACGUCUUUACAAUUUUUAAUAUCGUUGUUAUGAUUCUUUUUUAUGAACUAAAAAGCAUCAUUUUUCAUAGUCUCAAUAUGCAAUAAGGUUGCAUGCGGUUAAAUGAACAAAUAAAAAUUGUGCAUUCCAACGAUAGAAACUUCAACAUCACAGUCAAUCGCUGUUUCUCGAUUACCCGUCCCAAGUCAUAACGGAUAACAAACAAACGAUCCAAUUGGCCUCUUUUGCGAGGCCCCUCGAUCCCCGCGUUUAUAUCUAUUCUCAUAUAAACGACACAUUGUUAAUAUAAUAAUUUUAAAAUACAAUAAUUGAAAAAUAAAAUAUUGGAAUCAGA